AAAAGAAGGGGGAGUCAAGGGGUCGGAGAGAAUGUAAGAAGGAGCCGGAGACCGAGCGACAAAGGGCAGGGAGACAGUGGAGCCUGGCGGGCGCCCCCCGGGACCCUGAGAGACCCCCCGAGCCAGACAUGAAGUGUGAGAACUGCACCAAAGCGGAAUGUAGCAAGAAAAAGAAGACGAGGGAAGGAGACACGGAGCUGUCCCAGCCGCUGCCGCUGGAGGAUGGAGACGAGAAAAGUGAGUUUCACCGCCUGGCCGAUGCCCGCAUCUUCCUGAGUGACUGCCUGGCCUGUGGGAACUGUGUGACGUCUGAAGAAGGCGCUAAGAUCUUCGCUCAGAACCAGAAGGAGCUCUUCAGCGUCUUAAGUCUCAAUAAGAAAUGUGACACUUCCCUCCAUAGACUGGUGGUGGCGUCGGUCAGCCCGCAGUCCGUGCCUUAUUUUGCCGUCAAGUUCCAGGUGUCCGUCUGUGAGGCGGCGAAGAAACUCUGCGGCUUCCUCAAGAGUCUGGGCGUCCAUCAUGUUCUCGACACGACGAUCGCUGCAGAUUUCAGCAUCCUGGAGACCCAGCGAAACUUCAUCCAAAGAUUUAGGCGGCAGACGCAGGAUGAGCACGCCUUCCCCAUGUUUGCCUCUGCGUGUCCUGGGUGGGUGCAGUAUGCUGAGCGUGUUCUGGGUGACUUGGUAAUGCCGCACAUCUGCACCGCUAAAUCCCCACAACAGAUAAUGGGGUCACUAGUGAAGAGCUACUUUGCAUCACAGAAGAAUUUAUCUCCGGACAAAAUCUUUCACCUUGCUGUGGCGCCGUGUUAUGACCGCAAGAUGGAGGCGCUCAGAGAAGACUAUUACACCGAGCUGUUCAACUGCCGUGACGUGGACUGCGUGCUGACCUCAGGAGAGGUGAUGCAGAUCAUGGAGCAGAGGAACGUAUCAGUCAAAGAUGUAGAAGACUCUCCCCUGGAGACCGUUUUUGGAGGUACCACGUGUCAGUUUGUCCGCCAUGAGGGCACCAGCUCGGACGGUUACCUUGCACACGUCUUCCGUCACGCUGCCAAGGAGCUGUUUGGCAUGGAGGUGCAAGAAAUAACAUACAAGACAUUAAAGAACAAAGACUUCCAAGAAGUGUGUCUGGAGAAAGAUGGGGAGACCGUGUUGAGGUUUGCUGCCGCCUACGGCUUUCGGAACAUUCAGAAUAUGGUACUAAAAUUGCGCAAGGGGAAAUUUCACUAUCACUUUGUGGAGGUUUUGGCUUGUCCAGGAGGUUGCUUGAAUGGAAAAGGCCAGGCCCGGACUGUGGAUGGUAAACCCGAGCGGGCACAACUCGUAGAGAUGGAGGCCUUAUUCACAAGUGUUCCGGUGGUACAGAGCCCGGAACACAACCCUCGCAUACAAGAGUUAUACAGCAGCUGGCUGGAGGGAGAAGAGUCCCAGAAAUCCAGAGAGACGCUACAUAACAAAUACGCGCCCGCCGCACCCAACACCGCCCGCGUGGACAUGAAAUGGUGACCAAUCCCUCCGCUGAUAUCACGGACAUGAACUGCAGUAAAAGCCGGGCAGGUGACUGCUCCAAGCCCUAGUACGUCAGGUCCGGGAGACAUAAUGGAUGACUUUGGAGUCCCUUUUUAUCCUGGAAAGUCGCCCUAAAUUAAAUGUCGCCAGCGUUACGGAAGCUACGUGCUUGUUACAGAUGUCAUGCAGGCGGUCGUGCGUUAUCUAUGUAUGUGUCUUGUAAUGUUGCGUGUGCGGAGCCGGCCCUUUUCUGUCAUUCUGCGUUUUCGUUGUUUUUCAUUUUUGUUUUUGCUGCUAGUGCCAUCUUUUUGUGGGGUUAAAAGUGCAUGACCCCUUUAGUGGCGGAGUGCAGUUUUAUUUUCUAUUUAUGUAGAUCAGUGUUUCCCAACC